GCCAUUCAUUAUUCUUAAUGUUUAGAGGUUUAAUCAAGCAAGGUCUCAAACUUAAUAGACCUGCUAAAGCCGGGACCUGGAGGUAUACUCAGGUUCAAUUGUCUGUGUCUAUAAGGCAAUUCACUCAAAAUUCCAGAUUCUUAAAGCAAAAAGAAUCUCCCAAACAAGAAAAAGUCUUGACUGACGACUUGUUGGCGAAAGCUGGUUUCGAAGAAGAAGUAAAGGCUGAAUCUGAAGAAGGCAUAGAUGGUGAGUCCGAAAGACCAAGAAGUGAUAAAAGGAGAAGAAGAACCCAAACCUCCAAAGAUAAACAAAGAGAAAAGGCUGCUAAUUGGUUCUAUAUUUCCAGUUUUGUUGGUGCUGGUUUAGGAUUGGGUUAUUUGAGUAGGGACUGGGAUUCAAAUGAAGAAGCAACGAGAUUGAAGGCUGAGUCUAUUCCAAAUGGGUACGACCCUAAAGCCAUGUAUGGUAGAAUGAGUACCAGAUUAGGUUCCCUUUUCACUUUUUUCAGUGAACCAGUGUUUGAAAACUUGUUACCGCCUCCAGCUCCUGAACCUUAUAGAAGGCCAUUGACGUUGAUUUUGGCCUUGGAUGACUUAUUGAUUCAUUCUGAUUGGGAUACAAAAAAUGGUUGGAGAACUGGUAAGAGGCCAGGUUUAGACUAUUUCUUGGGAUAUUUAUCCCAGUACUAUGAAAUUGUUGUCUUUGGUUCCAACUCUCAAAUUUUCAGUGAAAAGACCGUUGCCAAGUUGGAUCCGUUCCAUGCGUAUAUUUCCUAUGCUUUGUUUAGAGAAGCUUGUCGUUACAAGGAUGGCAAGUUGAUCAAGGACUUGUCCUUAUUGAACCGUGACUUGUCCAAGGUUGUUUUAGUAGAUAUCAACGAAGAAAGUUGGUCAUUGCAACCUGAAAAUGCUAUUCCAAUGAAGCCAUGGGAUGGUAAGCCUGAUGAUAAAUUGAUCCAAUUGAUUCCUUUUUUGGAAUUCUUAGCCACUCAAAAUGUUAAGGAUGUCAGACCAAUUUUGGAAUCCUUCAGUGAUAAAUAUAAAUUGAUCGAAGAAUAUCAGGAACGUGAAAACAAGUUGAGGACCAAAUGGAAGCAAGAGAACAAGCAUCUUUUCACUAAUAGACCUAACGCAGGAAACUUUUUGGCUAAGCUAAUGGGAGUUCCUUCGAACCUGAUCAAUAAGGAACCAAAAAUGCCUUUGGAUGUCAUCAGAGAGCAUGGACAAUUACAGUAUCAACAUUUCCAGAAAUACUUGCAAGAGAAUGCCCAGAAGUUUUUAGAAGAAGAGCAAAGAAUGAAGGAUGAAUUUGGUAAAAAGACCUUAAAUAAAUGGAUUACUGAAGGAGCCGCAACUCCAGAAGAUAUUGCUAGAAUCCAAAGUGAAAGAGCGGCUGCUGAGGCUGCUGAUGCAUCAUCUGGUGCCCAAGCUUCUACCUCCAAGAAGUGAAACGUGACAAAAGACUUGUAUAAAUGUAUAUAGUUAAACCAGCACCCGAGUUAAGCUCCAAGUAGAACCUAAUGGCUGCGAAAAGUACUAAAUCUCUCCCUUUUGCCGCGGUGGAACCGAACACCACCCCCAAAAAUACUCAAGCAUACAACAAGUCAAGGGCUAAACUGUUCCUGAACUGUCACACGUCAAUUAUUGGGUUAUACGAAGGAUCAUGACAUGCACAAAUUAUAGUAUGACCUGGUGCCAGCAAAGAUUCCAGCCAUUUACAGAUCAGUAUUCAUUCUUCAAGUUAGAAAUUAAUUCAAUACUUGUUGCUCCAACCUACUUUGAUGCAUCAAGUUAUUUGGAACCCACUGGGUCUCUUUGUUGGUGUCAACCCAAAAAAGUAUACAAAUGAGGAAAGU